UCUUUUUACAGUGGGUUCUUCUGGUGGGAUGUCGUGGAGCUGGAGCUGAGCUUCACAUCUCGCGGGGGGAAAAACCACUGCGGGAGCUUUUGCCACGCUCUGACUUGGAAAGCCUUGGAUUUAUGUGCUGGAAGAGCUGCUUGGAGCCUGGAGUGGCACUGGGAUGGGUGCUGCAGCAGGCUGGGGAGCAGGUUUAGUGAUGUGGGAGGAUGAAAUGGUGAGAAGAGCUGCUGAAGUCCAUCGGUGGAGCAGCUUGGCCACGGCUGCAGCUGGUGCUGGGCUGUCCCUGCGGGGUGGCCGCGGGUGUUGUGGCUUCCUGCUGCCAUCUGAGUCACUGCCAGGCACCCCGGGCACGUUUGGCUUCCUUGCUUCCCUUUGCUUGACUGUGAUGGGGAAGAGGAGGCAGUGAGGAGGAAGAGGAGGCAGUGAGGGGGCAGAGGAGCUGGCCGGGCACAGCAGGGGAGGAUGGCUGCUCGCUGGCACCUGCGCUGGGCACACCCCGGGCCCCUGGGUCUGGAAGCUCUGGCCAUGGAUCAGAAAGGCUAUCGACGGGGGAGCUUCCAGAGCAGCACUAGUGAUGAAGAUAUGCUGGAAAUAGCAGGAGCAUCUCUGGACUUCUCCAUGGCAGAUGAUGACCCACCACUCGACAGGGAGAUGGGAGGAUUUUCCUCGUAUAAUGGAGGAGGGAUGAACGGCACAAGCACAAUGAUGGAUUUCCUGGAGGAGCCUCUUCCUGGUGUGGGGACCUACGAAGACUUUAACACUAUAGAUUGGGUGCGAGAGAAGUCCAGGGACCGGGACAGGCACAGAGAGAUCACCAGCAGGAGUAAAGAGUCCACGUGGGCUCUGAUCCACAGCGUGAGCGACGCCUUUUCUGGCUGGUUGUUGAUGCUCCUCAUCGGGUUGUUGGCAGGUUCCCUAGCGGGUCUGAUAGACAUUUCUGCUCACUGGAUGACAGAUCUGAAGGAAGGAGUGUGUCUAGCAGGCUUCUGGUUUAACCAUGAGCACUGCUGCUGGAAAUCCAACACGACCUUCACAGACAGAGACAAGUGUCCUGAGUGGAUGAGCUGGUCCCAGCUGAUCCUGGGCCAUGGAGAGGGGGCCUUUGCAUACAUUCUCAACUACUUCAUGUACGUCAUCUGGGCCUUGUUGUUCUCCCUCCUUGCUGUGUUACUUGUGAAGGGGUUUGCUCCUUAUGCCUGUGGCUCAGGAAUCCCAGAGAUCAAAACUAUCUUAAGUGGUUUCAUCAUUAGAGGCUACCUGGGCAAGUGGACGUUGAUCAUCAAAACCAUCACCUUAGUGUUGGCUGUGUCCUCUGGGCUGAGCCUGGGCAAAGAGGGGCCCCUGGUGCACGUCGCCUGCUGCUGUGGGAACAUCUUGUGCCACCUCUUCACCAAGUACAGGAAGAACGAGGCGAAGCGCAGAGAGGUUUUAUCAGCAGCUGCAGCUGCUGGUGUGUCUGUAGCUUUCGGCGCCCCGAUCGGAGGAGUGCUCUUUAGUCUGGAAGAGGUCAGUUACUACUUCCCUCUCAAGACGCUGUGGCGCUCCUUCUUCGCCGCUCUGGUCGCUGCCUUUACCCUGCGCUCCAUCAACCCUUUUGGGAACAGCCGCCUGGUGCUCUUCUACGUGGAGUUUCACAUGCCAUGGCACCUUCUGGAGCUCGUGCCAUUCAUCCUCUUGGGAAUAUUCGGUGGGCUUUGGGGAGCCUUCUUCAUCCGCAGCAACAUCGCCUGGUGCAGGCGACGCAAGACGACCAGGCUUGGGAAGUACCCGGUGCUGGAGGUGUUGGUGGUGACCGCCCUGACGGCCGUGCUGGCCUUCCCCAACGAGUACACCAGGAUGAGCACCAGUGAGCUGAUUUCUGAGCUUUUCAAUGACUGUGGGAUUUUGGACUCGUCCAAACUCUGCGAGUAUGUGAACGAUUUCAACAGCACCAAAGGGGAUGACCUGCCAGACCGGGCUGCGGGCCCAGGGGUCUACACAGCCAUGUGGCAGCUGGCUUUGGCCCUUGUCAUGAAAGUCUUCAUCACCAUCUUCACCUUUGGCAUGAAGGUGCCCUCGGGUCUCUUCAUCCCCAGCAUGGCAGUGGGGGCCAUCACUGGCCGGCUGCUCGGGGUGGCUGUGGAGCAGCUGGCCUAUUACCACCACGACUGGGCCAUCUUCAGUGGCUGGUGCAGCCAAGGAGCAGACUGCAUCACCCCUGGCCUCUACGCCAUGGUCGGGGCUGCAGCCUGUCUAGGUGGGGUGACCCGAAUGACCGUGUCCCUGGUGGUCAUUAUGUUUGAGCUCACUGGUGGGCUGGAAUACAUCGUGCCCUUGAUGGCAGCAGCCAUGACCAGCAAGUGGGUGGCUGAUGCCAUCGGGCGAGAAGGCAUUUAUGACGCCCACAUCCGCCUCAACGGGUACCCCUUCCUGGAGGCCAAGGAGGAGUUCUCACACAAGACCCUGGCCAUGGACGUGAUGAGGCCGCGGAGGAGCGACCCGCCUCUGACCGUCAUCACGCAGGACAGCAUGACUGUGGAAGAUGUUGAGACCAUCAUCAAUGAAACCACCUACAGUGGCUACCCCGUGGUGGUGUCACGGGAGUCCCAAAGGCUCGUUGGGUUUGUCCUGAGGAGGGACCUCAUCAUUUCAAUUGAAAAUGCCCGGAAGAAGCAGGAUGGGAUUGUGAGCACUUCAAUUAUUUAUUUCACUGACCACUCUCCUCCGCUGCCUCCAAGCUCCCCCUCCAUGCUGAAACUCAGGAGCAUCCUGGACCUCAGUCCCUUCACAGUGACAGACCAAACACCCAUGGAAAUUGUCAUUGAUAUAUUUCGCAAGCUGGGCCUGCGCCAGUGCCUGGUGACCCACAACGGGAAGCUGCUCGGGAUCAUCACCAAAAAGGAUGUAUUGAAGCACAUUGCACAGCUGGCCAACCAGGACCCAGAUUCUAUCCUCUUCAACUGAAGGCAGCCCAGGAGGUUCUGUGAGUUCAGCACAAAAGAAACUUUAUAGACAAUACUGGAUAUACUUCCCUAUUUUUAUUGAGACCUUGGAACUGUUUUCAGUGUUUCCUUCCGUGGAGCUGAAGAAGAUAACUUUUUUCUACCAGAUAACCAAUUGCACUAUGUAAUCUGUGGAACAGCAUCUUCUUUUUAGAAGAAACAGACAAAAAAAGAGACUUUAUUUACGUUGCUUUUGUGAAGUUGCGUUGGAAAGAUUCCAUGAAGGAGUAAAAGCAAAAUGCUAUAGAGUUGUA